CCGGAAGUUGUCUUUGUUACCUUCCUUGAGCGUGGCAAAAAUAUUGUUGAGAAAAAGCUUUUGAUCUCCGAUCAGCCAUGGCUGAGGGUUCAUGCGACCCCUCCAGUCGCGGAUUGGUACAGACCUUCGACACAGAACUGUAUGCAGAUUCAGUGGAAUGGUGCCCGGUGGAGGGGUGUCAGGAUGUACUGUUGUGUGGCACUUACCAACUGGAGGAACAGAAUAAGGAAGAAGCAGCUUGUGAAGAAAAGCGACCACAGACCCGAGUAGGCCAACUAAGGAUGUACCGUCUGGAGCCUUCCGACAGCUCCACGAGCCUCUCAUUGCAUCAUCGUUUAGACAUGCCGGGAGUCCUGGACAUCAAGUGGUGUGCCCGGGUUUGUCCACUACCCACGUGUGGACUGGUCAACGCUGCAGGCCAGUUACAGCUGUGGCAGGUUGCAGACACCUCCCUGGUGACAUCCCCAACCAAGCUGACCCAGACGGACCUGGGCUUGUCGUGUCUUGGACUGUCCCUUGACUGGAGCGACAGUAACAGUGACAGUCUUCAGAUUGUGACGUCGGAUUCGACAGGUUCACUGUCGGUGUUUGACGUAGAUCGUGACCUGACGAAGGUCAGUUCCUGGCAUGCGCAUGAGUACGAAGCAUGGAUCUGCGCAUAUGACAGAUGGAACGAAGGCGUUAUAUAUUCAGGCGGGGACGACGGCAUGUUCAAGGGAUGGGAUCUGCGUGGGGGCACGACGCCUAUAUUUACCAACAAACGACACAGUAUGGGAGUCUGCAGCAUACAGAGCAAUCGUCUACAGGAAUACAAACUGGCAGUGGGGAGCUACGACGAAGAGCUGCACGUGUGGGACACACGACAGAUGAAGCGCCCCCUGGCGGUUUGUGAUUUGGGUGGCGGUAUCUGGCGAGUUAAGUGGGACCCGUUUAAAGGAGAUACCAUUCUAACAGCCACAAUGUAUAACGGGUUUCACAUCGUCAGUGCAUCAGAUGCAUUGUCGAUAAAGGCUCACUACGAAUCAGCUAGUAACCUUGGAUACGGCGCUGACUGGUGUUAUAAGCCACGUGCACGUGAAUCCUUUUCUGAUGACGUCACAACAGACCCGACAACGUCUUUCAUUGCAACCUGUUCAUUCUAUGAUCAUUCAUUACAAUUAAGAUCUUGGCCAACAUAACUAUGAAUAAAGUGGGUUGGGUUGUUUUU